AUGGUUUUGAAUGUCCUGAAUGAAAGCAGCGGACUCUAUACAGGAGACGGUUCAGUUGACAUUAAGGGAAAUCCUGUUUUGAAGAGUAACACUGGAAAUUGGAAAGUGUGCCCCUUCAUUCUUGUUCUGCAUCAAAAAAUAGGUACUGAAUGUUGUGAACGUUUAGCUUACUACGGGAUUGCUACCAAUCUUGUUAGUUAUCUCACCAAAAAAUUACACGAAGGAAAUGUCUCCGCUGCAAGAACUGUUACCGCUUGGCAGGGAACUUGCUACCUAACGCCCCUGAUUGGAGCUGUCUUGGCUGAUGCUUAUUGGGGAAGAUAUUGGAUGAUUGCUGCCUUCUCCACUAUUUAUUUCAUAGGAAUGUGCACAUUGACUUUAUCUGCAUCAAUUCCUUCUUCCAAGCCAGCUGAAUUUGUGGAUUCUCUAUGGUCUUCAGCUGCUCCCGCCCAGUAUGCAUUACUUUUUUUUGGGCUGUAUCUGAUUGCACUUGGAACUGGUGGGAUCAAGCCAUGCGUUUCGUCCUUUGGGGCAGAUCAGUUUGAUGAUACCGAUCCCAACGAGAGAGUCAAGAAGGGAUCUUUCUUCAAUUGGUUUUAUUUUUCUAUCAACAUCGGUCUUCUUUUAUCCAAUAGUUUGAUUGUAUGGAUUCAGGACAAUAAGGGAUGGGGCCUAGGGUUUGGUAUUCCUGCAUUGUUUAUGGGUGUUGCUAUUGUGAGUUUCUUUUCAGGCACGCCUCUGUACAGAUUUCAGAAACUGGCUGGAAGUCCCAUUACAAGAAUGUGCCAGGUUUUGGUUGCUUCUUUCCGCAAGUGCAAUUUGGUGGUCCCGAGUGAUAGUAGUCUUCUCUAUGAAACACCAGACAAAAUCUCAGCCAUUGAAGGAAGUCGGAAACUGGUGCACACUGAUGAUCUGAAGUAAGUUUGUUGUGUUUAAAUACUCAUAAAAAAAUUCGCACAUAUAUGGACAUAAUCAUCUGGUCACAUCUAAGGACGGAUACUCUUACGAAUGUGAAGUAUCCUUGUCGGACGCCGACACUUCUCGAACAUUCUUGAUUAAGUGAGUUACUUUUUUAGCCGUGCCAGUAAUUAAGAGAUAAUUUUUACUUUGGACACAUAUUCAGGUCAUGUUGA